AUGGCCUCGCCGAUUAAGAACGUUGUCCUCAUUGGAGCCGGAGGCAACCUGGGCCCCUCGGUCCUGAAGCAGUUCCUUGCCUCCUCUCUUAACGUCACCAUCCUCAGCCGUCCGGAGUCGAAGUCCACGUUCCCUGCCGGCGUCAAAGUCGUCAAGUCCGACUACACCCCGGACUCCCUGAAAUCCGCCUUCACCAACCAAGACGCCGUCGUCUCGCUCGUCGGCACGCCGGCCUUUGGCGCGCAGCAGACCAUCAUCGACGCCGCCAUCGCCGCGGGCGUCAAGCGCUUCAUCCCGUCCGAGUUCGGCUCCGACACCAGCUCCGCCGAAGUCGUUUCCCUCGUCCCCUUCCUCGGCGGCAAGCGCAAGGUCGUCGAGUACCUGCAGAGCAAGGAAAGCGGCAUCGAAUGGUCUGGCUUCAUCACGGGGCCUUUCUUCGACUGGGGCCUCAAGGUCGGCUUCCUCGGCUUUGAUUUGGCCGGCAAGAAGGCGACGCUGUGGGACGGCGGCGAGGCGCGCUUCGCCGUGUCGAACCUCGAUUUCAUCGGCAAGGGCCUCGUCGCGCUGCUGAGCGACGCCAAGGCGUUCGAGAAGAGCAAGAACAAGUACGUUUACGUUGCUGGCCACGUCGUCUCGCAGAAGGAGGUCCUGGCCAGCUUGGAGAAGGCGACCGGCGCCAAGUGGGACAUCGCGGGUGACAUCUCUGUUGCGGAGCGCGUCAAGGCGACGAAUGAGAAGCUGGCCAAGGGCGACUUCAGCACCGCCACGGACCUGAUCCUCGCGGCGACUUUCGGGAAGGAGAAGCAGCUCGGCCAGUUCCCUGAGUAUUGGAACGAUGUGCUGGGGCUGCCCAAGGUCGAUUUGGACCAGACUGUGAAGGAGGUCGUUGAGGGCAAGAGGCCGUGA